AUGACGCUGGCGCAGCGACAAGGGGUCGGUGGUAAGAACGGUCAUCGGCGUCCGUCGAUAGAAGUGCCCUCCGACCGCGCACCAGCAGCUCCAGGCCACACGUCCGCGUCCCGCGCCUCUUCAACCUCCGCUGCCCACCAUCGCGACCAGCUAGUCUCUCCGUCAUCUUCUUCCCACGCCCGCUCGAACGCCCUGCUCCCGCCGCUGCGCCUCGCAGACUCGCCGCCGCCCGCGCCGUCCAAGGAUCCGCUCCUGCAGCUGCAGCACCCCUCGCCUGCGCCGCCCGCCACGACCCUGGCGCCCUCCGUCGCCCUGCAACACCAAGCCCGCACCAAGAGCGUCUCCACCGCCAGCCCGCCCAAGCUGCCGCGCCCGGCGCUCGGCUGCAGGGCCAAUUCCGCGCCCCACGUCCCAAAGCAGUCGCCGUAUCCCCCGCAUGGCGGCGCAAAGAAUGGUCACGUAGCCUGCGCGCGGCACCCCAACGCCAGCGACAGCAGCGACAGCAGCGACGACGACGGCGACGCCAUCAGCCGCGAUCCCUUCUUCCUGCGCUACCAGAGCAUGAUCCAGCGCCUCGCCGAACAGGGCCCCGGCGACCCCGACGACCCCCUCCGCAAGUCCCCAGAGCAGCAGAAAAAUCACAACGCCCCGAUGGAUGCGCAGGCACGUACCCUCCCCGCCCCGGCGCGUCCCACCCCGGCCCCCGCUGACCGUCGAGCCUUGCAGGCCGUGGAAGACAUCAAUAUCGGCGUCAUUGGCGACUCCGACGUGGGCAAGACGCGCUUCAUCGACUGCGCCUUUGACCUGCGCGCCCACUCGCACGCGCGCACCGCCACGCGCAAGAUGUCCAUUGACGGCACCGUGUACACGGUGCGCCUGAUCGAGAUCCCCUUCGAGGAGCUGGACAUUGAGCACGACGACCGCAUCUGCUGGCCGGGAAAAAUCGACGACCUGCCUGCGCCACGGAUCGACGGUGCGCUGAUGCUAUACGACGUUAUGAAUCAGGAGAGCCUGGCACAGGUGCCGGGCAUGCUAAAUGUCGUCCAGAAAGCGGCGUUGCCAUGCGUGUUGGUCGGCUGCAAGUGCGACAACCACCCGGCCCAUCGCCAGGUGGAUCCGGCCGUGGUGGAGCAGCGCGCGAAGACGCUGGUCGGCGACUUGCCCGCGUUUCAAAGCUCAGACCGUUCGCCCGAAAGCCAGCGAAUCUGUCUUUCUGUCAUGCUGCGGGCUAUUCUUGCAUCGCGACAGGAUACCCCCGCCAGCAAGCUGGCCGCCGCACAACGCCGCCGCGCCACUUCCAACUCAUCCGCCCUGCAGCCCGUCUCUCCACGCCCCAGCUGGAAGCGCCGGCAUGAGCGUGCGAGCUCCGAAUUCUCCGGUUCGCGUCUGAAGAUCCUCUCAGACAACGAUGCAGAAGCGCGCGCCAAGAACCGCGCUCCCACCAACUCCUUCCUCGAACUCGAAGAGCCCCUCGGCUACGAGUCCUACGGUUCCGACGGCGCCGACUCCUCGGACUACGAGCCCAGCAUCAUCUCCGUCAUGCCCUCUGAUGAAAAUGGCUACACAUUCGAGCAGCUCGUCGACCGCCUCGUCUCCCAGCCGCUUUCCAAGCAGGACACCAAAUUCGUCUCCAUCUUCCUUGCCCUCUAUCGGAAGUUCGCCGCCCCGAGCCAGUUGCUCGAAGCCCUCAUUAAGCGCUUCGAUGCGCUCGAGCACGACAGGAGCCCGCAAAUGGUCCGAACCAUAGCGCAGCUGCGCCACCUGUCGAUCAUGGAGCAGUGGCUCAGCUCAUACCCGGGUGAUUUUGCUCACCCCAUGACGAAACGCAUGGUGUUCUUAUUCGUAAACCGGCUCGCCAGCAACCGCAUCUUUGGCGUUGCCUCCAAGGAGAUCUUGGCUGAUCUCGAAGCUGUUGUGGAAGACGACGAUACCGACUGGGCUUGCAGCGACAAGCACCGCGAGAACGCACUGUACGGCCACUCCAUCUUGAACGAUGUGAUGGAGGACGAACUGCCCAAGAGCGCAACGGAGCUUACCAUUAGCAUUACGCGCGGUUCCGGAGCCACCUCGGACACGGCCACCACCACAGGUUACCCCGAACGCUCCGUCAGCACCUCCACCACGGCCACUAGCUCCUCUCAAACAAUGAUGAACGCCAUUGAGCAAGCUCGACAACAGGCGAAGCUGCUUGUCCCCAUUCCACGCGUCACUCUCACCAAGACACAAUGGCACCUGCUGAUGGGCGAGUCGGAAGAGAACAUCGCACGAGAGCUGACACGCGUGGACUGGAUAAUGUUCCAGUCCAUCAGGCCUCGCGACCUGGUGCGGCAUGUGAGCCUGAACGCGGCGGAUAAGAAGAAGUGCAAGAGUUUGGAGAACGUGGACCGGAUGAUCGAGCACUUCAACCACCUGGCCUAUUGGGUCACCAAUUUCAUCCUGCUGCGGGACAAGCCAAAGCACCGCGCUUUGAUGCUCGAGAAGUUCAUGAAGGUUGCGCGCAAAUUGCGUGAGUUGAACAACUACAACUCGCUCGGCGCCAUCCUCGCAGGGUUGAACGGAACAGCGAUUCACCGCCUUUCAGCAACACGCGAUCUCCUCUCGCCUGCCACGGCCAAGGACUUCAUGAAGCUCGAGAUCCUCAUGGGCACGCAAAAGAGUCACUUCGCUUACCGUCUGGCGUGGGAGAACAGCUCGGGCGAGCGUAUCCCGUACCUUCCCCUUCACCGCCGCGACCUCGUCUCUGCCGCAGAGGGCAACUCCACUUUUGUCAACGACCCACAACGACGCGGAUCCAAUGCCGGUCUUCUCGGCGGUAACUCAAGCCCCCGAUCGGGUAGUCAAUCAGCGAAUGCGGAGGCCCUCAGCGCACUGACCGGUAGCGCCGGUAACGCGGCCGCGCUGCAGGCCGCUCUCAACAGAUCGAGCGCGCAGGAGAAAGAAGCGCCUCCGAGUGGCGUCGAGGGCAAAGAAAGAAUCAACUGGAAGAAAUUUGCAAUCAUGGGCGAAGUGAUUGUUGGCAUGCAACGAGCUCAGGGCUUCCCCUAUCCGAACAUCGCGCGCCACGACGAUGUGAAGAGCAUGGUGCUGGAUGUGAGAAUCUGCAAGGAUGAUGACGAGCUGUACGACCGCUCCACCAGCCUGGAGGCUGUCGGUGCGGCUGGCGAACCCCGACGAAGGUUUGCCAACUGGUUUCGUCAAUAA